CACACUAUGCACACAUACAUAGACAAGCAACUCUCCUUCCUUCAUACCUCUCCUUCCUGUACUUUUUUUUCUUCCCUUUCCCCUUUCUUUGCUUCAUUUCGGCAAUACAGCCAUUCCGAAGCAUAAGCAGAAUCGUUGGUGCUUUUUCUAUCAUCCAUUAUCGUUUACUAGUUUAUCAUUUGAUUGCGAAAGCUAUAAUAAGCGUGAAAGGAUCGCCCAUCUUCAACAUUAUACGAAUCCAACUUGCACAACUCCUUAUUUAGCCCACCUCCACUUAAUACUGCCCAAAAAAUAUAGCCAACUCUCCUCUUGUAAUCAAAGACACCAUUAGUCUUCGAAGUGUCAUUCAUUAUCUUUCUUGGAUGCCAACAUGACCCCUCAUCAUUAUUACAACGGCAGUAGCAGUAGCAGUAGCAACAACAGCAACAGCAGUAAUAACAACAACAGCCUCAUCAUCAACAAGCCCAGAUAUGAGAAAGCUGUUUUUUGCAACAACAACUCUGCGGAGUCUCUUCUAGAAUAUGAUCAUCAACAGCAACAACAGCAACAGGCUGCGUCUAUUGCAGAAUUACUAAGAGAAAACCUUGCCCUUACUCAGAAAAACGUACUAGCACAGCAAGAAGUUAGCCAGGCCCAAAAUAAUCAAGCCAGGCUCGAGAACCAGGUAUAUGAACUUGACCAAAAAUUAGCAGAGAGUCGCAAGGAGAUACAACGACUGCAACGAGCCAAGAAGGAUAAUGACCGUCAACUGGAUCAGAACAAUGCAGCGUUUGAGAAGGAGCGCGCCAUGUGGGCGCAGCGCGAGGCUGAACUGACACGGCGCCUUAAAUUCGCAACACGUCCAUUAAUAGUUCAAGCACCAGCAAAAGAGGAAGAAAGUAAAGACGGAAAAGAGCCAUCUGAUCUCCUACCGCCGCAGAUUCAACAACAGAUUACAGAAAACACAGCAGCUCAGGCAAGAGCUUUGAGAGCACAGGAAAAAAUUGUAGCAGACCUUCGACAGCAAAUCUUCGUGCUCAACCAGGAAUUAAUCGAACGCCAACAUACGUCUAGCCUUCGAGAAUCCGAGCUCCAGGCUCAGAUUAGCCAAGCUCAUGAAUUGAAUAAGAGCCUAAUGGAGGAGAAUGAAAGUUUCCAACUUCUUUUGCAUGAAAAGUCUAUGAAUGGCGAGUUUAUGCAGACAAGUAUUAUGAAGAGCACAGGGUAUGAUGAUGAUCAUGGGACUUCAUUAUCUACGAGCAACAAUGGCUCUCUCAACCUUGCAGAUGAACUUGUCAAAGCAAAUGAACUUGUUAAAGCAGAACGCCCUUACGAAUCAUUGGUCGCAGAACUCGAAACUCUAAAGGAUGAAAAGACAGCGCUUGUUUGUUACAUUGCCAAGAUCUUGACACGCAUCAUGGAAAAACCUGGAUUCACAUCGGUCCUUGCAGCGGAUUACAGCUCAAGUCAAAAUACGCAAGCCGAACCAUCUGCUACAGCCAUUAAGGAUAAGGAUGAGACUAUGAAUUCUGAUGGAAGCAACCUCAGCCCUGGACCCAGCAAUGAAGCCAACAAUGCAGAUGGUCCUCAAUCGCAAGAGAAGCUUACAAAACAAACUAUUCCAAAUCGCCCACGAUCCCACUCGAUCUUGCAAUCUUUUUUUCCCCGAUCAAAGCCAGCAGCAGCAUCAGGAUCUGUCUCCGGAAAGGGCUCCGACCGCAGCAGCUCCGAUGACGAUAGCUCAAGCGCGAGAUCAGCAAGACUAGCGUCGUUUCAAGAAGGCCAUGCAAUCGAAGAUUCACCUAGGGCUAGCCAGUCCUCUGCUGAUUACCCAGUUGAACCUCCACCAGCACCCGAAUACGAGCAGCUUACAACAUUCCAAAAUCCAUACACUCGUCAGGAACUUCGCCGUCAGUCGUCUUUACAUGUCACUUCGCGUGAUCGUCAGCGUAGACAGACGAUUGGUGCCCCAAAUGUAUCCAACUCAAAGGGUGUCGGCCAUGGGCGGUAUGUGAGUGAGUAUGGACGACCUGCUGUACCUCCAUUACCGCCCAUGCCUGAAUCGAUCCCAAGUGCCUCCAAGGAGAAGGAACGCGAAACGAUAAAAACACCAGUGCUCUCGAUUUCGACCUCGGAAACGAGCUCAAUCAGUAGUCUCUCAACAGCUGUUGCUACGCCCGUAACCCCUGUUGUUCCCGAGGGGGGGAUUUUUCGUGCUUUUAGGCGGAUGAGCUUAUUUGGAGCAAGUGCUCCAGGUGGGAAUGUCAGUAUAACAUCUAUUACUACUCAACCGAUCGAAGAUGUUCAAAAGUAGGUCCCAAAGACUGUUGCCGAAGGGACUGUAGCAGAGACUGUUUAGGAUUGUAAUACCAUUAAGAAAAAAAAGAAAGAAAAGAAAAAUAAGUUUCUCUCGGUUUGUAAUAAAUAAAUA